GGUACGCCAAUUAGUAACAUAACUAGAUGAUGAAACGUUCAUGUAAUGUAACGAAUAACAUGUCGAGUUUUAGUGUUCCUCAUCGACAGAAGAGUGCGUACGUCAUUCAACGUGAGCAGGUGCACACGUGAGGUGACCGUCUGCUAGACGAGUCAGUGGUUAGGUGCACGAGUCUCCUCGUGACGUUCCCCCGGGUAGUUUUGAAAAGCAGUUGUCUUUUCACCAGUUUCGCCAGUGAUUAUGUUACAUAGAGCCGCGGAUCACUGGACGGCAUUAUGGUCACAGUAUUUCGCAUAUUAUUAAUACUACUCCACUUUUCAUGUGACUUACUUACUGCGGUUCAUAAUUGCUUCAUGAUCCUUCACCGUAAGUGUAUCGAGAUCUGGUACGGCGAAAACUUAAGGACAGAGGUCGAAAUGCUGACGCGUACCGCGAACAGAAUGAAAAAUUUACCGAGACAUAUAGUGGUCAUUUUCGGCGCGAAGGAAGAUGAUAUAUUAUUCGAUUGCAUACGAAUUAUUGGAUGGUGUAUUACGCUUGGUGUACCGUACAUCAGUUUCUUUGAUAUCAACGGUUUCUUAGUCCGAAAUGAAAGUUUGCUGAAAUACGAACUUGCAAAUAGACGGCCUGAUCUAAUGGAGCGCAUAAAUUGGGGUAAGCCCAAUGCAAGAUUUGCACAGAAUGGAAUAACCGAUUCCAAGUCAAAAACACGGGUAUGUUUAUUGUCUUGGCUGGACGGAAAAGGGGAAAUAGUAACAUUAACGAAAACAUUAGCUGAAGCUGUCGUUACGGGAACGAUUAAGUCGGAAGAAAUAGAUAUUGAUUUACUUGAUGAAAAAUUAAAUUCACGGGGAAUCCCAGACCCUGAUUUGGGAUUAAUUUAUGGCCGCCUUUGUUCCACGUAUGGUGUUUUACCUUGGCAAACACGUAUAACAGAAUUUUUCUCGUUACCAUUACACAUUAGCCUAACUGCGAAAGAUUUCGUACAUUUGCUGGAGAAGUACAAUAAAUGCGAACAACGAUAUGGGAAAUAACUGGAAUUGUUGUUCUUCAGUUGUGUAAAGCUUUUUGAUUCCCCGAAAAAAAAAAAAAGAAAAAGAAACAAAAUGAAACAAGAAAUAGUUUUUAAGGAGACUUUACGAAGACUGAACUUAAAACAAUUUACAGAUACUAUUUUAUAAGUGGUUGCGUGCUAAUAAACUUACAACAGUGAAGCUAGCACCUCUGUGUGGCGCAAGUGUCGUUUUGUGUGGCGAUUUUAACGUGUAUCGAUAAGAAGGAAUUUAGGUAGCUUAAUUUCAAGAGAUUCUCGCGAAUAUGAAGAAAGGAAAAUUCCACAAAACUUUGCAAAAGUGAAACCUCCUAAUAAUAUUUUUAAUUAUGUGAAAUAGAACAAUUAUUUUGACAUAAGGUAUUGAUAAUA